AUGAGAAGUGUGGAUGACUUCUUCGCUUCACUGCCCGCUGAGGAGUUCGAAGACUACGAAGCCGAGCUCCGAGAGGUCUUGAUCAAUGCGGCCGCAAAGGCGAAAGACCUCGACUUAAUAGGAGGGCGAUUCCCGCUGCAGCAAUGGAUCGAUCGGCGCUUAGGGGGCGAGCUGCACAGCACGGUGGACAACCUCAACAAGUGUGAGAUUGCCCUGAUCGGCGCAGCUGGUGACGCCAACUCCGAAGGUGAGGAGGCGGCUGCUUUUUUCCAGGGCCUGAGCGAAGAAAGCUUCUCAAAAGAGGAGGAAAACUUGCGCGAUUCGAUCUUCGACUUCUUGGCCGGCUGGCAAAAGGGCAUUCAGAAAGCCAAGCUCUGCGAGCUGAGCGCAGAUGCUCGGGUGCAGACUUGCGCUCGGGCCUUGCUGCCUGCAGCGGUUCCUCUGGCAGACUGGAUGGAGAAACGGAUCGGUGGAGAGAUUGAGAUUCACCAGGAUGAAAACGGCAAUGAUGUCAUUCACGUGACGCCAGAGGCGGUGAAGAUAGUGGUAGAGAAGAUGAAAUCCCGAGGAGCCGCCCCCCCGGGCAAUUCGGCUCAGCAGUUUCCAUUUCCACCGCCGCCGCCGCCGCCGCCGCCGGAAGGGCACACAGGGCAGCCGAAGGGGACGGGUCCAGGCUUCACGGCGAAGGGUGCAAAGGGAGGAGGGAAGCAGCCACCUCCGAGCAAAGAGGCAUUUCUGGAAAGCCUGCCUGGCGACGAGCUGACAGGCGACGAGGUCGCAUUGCGCGAAGCUCUUCUUUUCUGGAUUGAGUCGUGGAGGCCUGGCAGCGGCAAAGGGAAAGGCGGCAGUGCUACGCCUUUGCUCACCGAUGUCGCGUUGAACCCCCAGAUCCUCAAGCUGCGGCAGAAGCUCCUACCCACCACCGUCACUCUUCAGGAGUGGGUGGAAGCCAGGAUAGGUGGCGAGAUCGAGAUACGAAGCAAUCAGAAGGGGCAGCUCGAAAUCUUGCUGCGGAGUCCGGCAGAAGGUGCAGAGCCUGAACCAGCGCAGGAUGCCAGCGCAAUCUUGGAUGAGCUGCCCCAGGAUGCGCUGACCGAUGAGGAGCUCGAGCUCAGGGAGAAAGUGCUCGAGUUGGUGUCGUCAAGUCCAAUGCCUCUGCGCCACGUGAGUCACACCCCGAAGGUGCUGGCGGUCAAGCGGAAGUUUCUUCCGGAUGAGGUGCCGCUGCGUGAUUGGAUAGACCGCCGAAUCGGUGGUGAGGUUGAGGUAACGGAGGACGAGCAGGUGCGAUCCCGCAAUGCUGCUGAGGAGGAGGAGCCUCCUCCUGAGGAGUCACCUCCACGCAACAUGGCAAAAGGCAAAGGCAAAGGCAAAGCUGGUAAGGCCAAAGCCCAGAAUGGCGACAUCGCGCCAGACCACAAGCGGACGGCGGAAAGCUUUUUCCAGAGUCUUCCAGUGGAGACCCUCACAGAUGGCGAGGAGGAGCUUCGCGAUGCCAUUUUGACCUUCAUGGAACACUGGACCGGCGAGGAUCGUCCACCCCUGUCCAAAGCCAUGCUGGAUCCAACGAUAAAGCGCUGUCGCCAGACACUGCCGCCAACGCUGGCGCUGAAGGACUGGAUAGAGCGCCGUCUUAGCGGGGAGCUGGAAAUCCUGCAGAACGCCAAGGGCACCAUGUUGCUAGGCGUUCGAGGAGAUCCAGGACCGGAGCCGACGAAAAGAAGCCUGGAUGAAGCGGCAGAAUGGGAGACAGGCCCUGGCAAAGCCCGGAGGCUGGAUUCCUGA